AUGGAGAUAGACGAAGGGCCUCCAGCAGCAGCUCUUGCUUGCGCCCCUGCGGCUGCUGCUCCCUACGAUGCGACAGCAGCAGCAGCAGCAGCAGCAGCAGCAGCAGCGGCAGCUGGAGCGGCUCCCCACUCGGCCAUGCAGAGCCCCGCAGACACAGCGGUGCCUUCAGCAGCAGCAGCAGCAGCAGCAGCAGCAGCUGCUGCUGCUGUAGCUGCGGGGGGGCCCCCAGCUGCUGCGUCACAGGGGGGCCCCCAGGGGGGGGCCCCCGAAGAGCCCCUGCCCCCCAUGGGCUUUGGGGGCCCCCAGGGGCCCCCCACCCCUGGCUAUGUCUCGCAUAUGUCGGGGGGCCCCCCUGGGGGCCGCUCGAGUCCGUUUGCUUCGCUGCAGCAGCCGGCCGGCAGCAGCAGCAGCAGCAGCAGCAGCAGCAGCAUUCCGCACUUCAGCAACGGCAGCAGCGCCGGCGCCGGCAGCUGCGGGUUUGAGCCGCAAACUUUGCAAGCGCUGCAGCAGCAGCAGCAGCAGCAGCAGCAGGCGGUUGGGGAGGGUACUAUGGACUCUGCUCAGCCCAUUAACGGGGCGGGGCCCUUGGGGGCCCCCCCGCACCCGCCGCUGGGGGCCCCCCUAUUGGGGGCCCCUCUAGAGGCGCAUCCCGGGGCAGCAGCAGCACUUGUUGAUUCCCCCGAAGCAGCAGCAGCAGCAGCAGCAGCAGGAGAUGGCAGUGGUGCUGCUGGUGGUGGUGGUGCUGCUGCUAUGUGUGAGGGGGUGGGCCCCCAGGAGGUUUCUCAAGACGACCCUUGUGUUGCAGCAGCAGCAGAGCAUGCAGCAGGAGAUGCUGUUGCUGCAGCAGCAGCAGGGAGCAGCAGGAGUUCCUCCUGUUCAGCGCCUCCGGACGCAGCAGCAGCAGCAGCAGCAGCAGCAGCAGCAAGUGGUGGUAGUUCUUCGUCGGGUCCUCCUGCGUCGGAGGGCGCAGCAGACCUUCCGCCGGCAACAGCAGCAGCAGCAGCAACUGGCGGGAGCAGCAGCAACAGCAGCAGCAGCAGCAGCAGCAGCUUCAUGGAUAUGGGGGCGGGCGAGGAGGGCGCGUCGUCUGGUUUGCUGCCGUGCAGCCUCGCGCAGCCAGCGAGCGGGGCGGACUCGGCCUCCUCCUCCUCUUCCGCAGCAGCAGCAGCAGCAGCAGCAGCAGCACCUGCUGCAGCAGCAGCAGCAGCAGCAGCAGCAGCGGGGGGCCGUUGCUGCACGGAGAAGUACCUGCAGUGGCUGGACGCAAUCCACACUGCGUGUUCGAAGCUGGACGACCUCUGCAGCAAACUGGACAAACACUUUCCGAAUGCCACUCGCCACUGGGAGCUCAGCAGCCCCGGCAUUCGGGGCGCGCGUUUGCUGUUCCAGCAGCAGCAGCAGCAGCAGCAGCAGCAGCAGCUGGCGGGCGGCGCCGCGGGCGCGCUGCUGCUGCAGCAGCAGCAGCAGCCGCACGGCGCUGCGGAGGACGCCUACCGCGGGACUUCGCGGAAGCGCUACCGCAAAGACGCCGCAGCUGCCGCAGCCGCAGCAGCAGCAGCAGCAGCAGCAGGUGGCAGCAGCAGCAGCGGCGGGAGUUUGCUGGCUGCUCCCGCGCUGCUGCCGCCUCCCGGUUCCGCAGCAGCAGCAGCAGCAAGCGCAGCAGCAGCAGGUUGCGGGGAGUUUGUGGGUUCUGCUGCUGCGCCUCUCGCUCCCGCGUCUUCGUUGCUGGAGUGCGGGGGUGGCGCUGCGGCGCUGUGCGGGCUGGGCGCUGCUGCUGCUGCUGCAGCAGGCCUGGGCUUCAGCAGCAGCAGCAGCAGCAGCAGCGCAGCAGCAGCAGCAGCAGCAGCAAUGGCCGACGGGGCGGAGUACGAGUACCUCCUGGACUUCCCCGAACAAGAGGCCCCCGACCCCCGCAACCCCGAAGACCUCCGCUGCGACGUGGCCGGCGUUUACUGGGACAAACGCAGCUGGAUAGCCUCUUGGUAUGAAGGCGGCAAAAGAUAUUAUAAGUCUUUUUCGGCUAAGACCCACGGCUUCUACAGGUCCAAGUACUGGGCCAUCAAGGUCAGGCUCUCCAAGGUGCAGCACCACGCCGUCCAGAACAAGGCCUGCAAGGCCAGGAGCGGCACCGGAGCGGCAGCAGCAGCAGCAGCAGCCGCGCAGCCCUCCUGA